AUGGACGACCUGACCAGAGAGUUCCAGGACCUGAAGAUCAGUUUGCAGUUCUCCCAGGGUCAGCUCAAUGAGUUUAAACAGGAGAACGGCACGAUGACAGCAAUCUGUAAGUCAUUGAGAGAGGACAUCAGUGCUGUAUGGACCACAGGAAGAGGUGGUCCAGGUGACAGUCCCAGGCUGAUAGUGGUCAAGUCCCUGAGGUUCAAGGACAAGCUGGCUGUUCUGGAAAGAGCCAAGAACUUGAGUGGAACGUAUAUCUUCCUCAACGAGGACUAUCCUGAAUUUGUGCUCCAGAAGAGGAAAGAACUGAUCCAUGAAAGCUGCCACGUGGCCCAUCAGGCCGAGGAGCGGAAAAUUAAAGGUCCUAGACAAUCACCCUGGCUCCCCGCUCUGCUAGUGAUGGAGAGCACCCAGCACAGCCAAAAACUCAAAGAGGAGCUGUGUUCGUUCCAGAGGGAGAUCGAGGUGUUGUCAGAGCAGUACACUCAGAAGUGUCUGGAGAACGCCCACCUGGCCCAGGCCCUGGAGGCUGAGAGACAGGCCCUCAGACAGUGUCAGAGGGAGAACCAGGAGCUCAACGCACACAACCAGGAACUGAACAACCGUCUAGCUGCUGAGAUCACUAAGAUGCGCUCUAUGGCCACUGAAGACGGGGGUGGAAACACCUGCAACAUCACACAUGGGAAGGAACUGUACGAACUAGAGGUGAUGUUGAGGGUGAAGGAGUCGGAGGUCCAGUAUCUGAAACAGGAAAUCAACUCUCUGAGGGAUGAACUCCAGGCCGCCCAAAGAGAUAAGAAGUAUGCGACAGACAAGUACAAGGACAUCUACACAGAGCUGAGCAUCGUGAAGGCCAAAGCAGAGCGAGACCUGGGGAGGCUCAGAGAACAGCUGCAGCUGGCCCACGUGGCACUGGGGGAACCGUCACUGGAGGGGGUGGAGAGGGCAGGAGGAUACGAUAUCAUGAAGUCCAAAAGCAACCCUGACAUUCUCAAGAUGGCGGCUGCUGCCGCCAAACGCACCAUGAGGUCAAAGAGUCUGAAGGAAGGGCUCACUGCCGAGCAGCGACUCCACCUGUUUGACAAAGACACUAAGGAGUUCUGACUGAGUCGCACCACUCCAGCCACCUUGCAGCAUGUUUAAAAAGGCCACUAUAUUUUACCUCUGUAAUUACUUAUUUAGAAACACACUGGUCACCACACACACAUGUCGUGUGUAUAUAUAUAUAUAUAUAUAUAUAUAUAUAUAUAUAUAUAUAUUAUAUAACAUUUUUAAAAAACAUGGUAAUGAAGAUUUGAAUUUUACGUCUAGACUCAUUCCAUGCACUUUAGUUACUGUGACAUUUAGUUUUUUUUUUGUUUUUCAUCACCAUUUGUUACGGUAAAUACUCUGUACGGUUUUUAAUGAGGCAUCGAUCGUGCCUACACUAACAAAGAUGGCCUGUAAGCUACUGUUUGGACUCCUUAGUCUGUGUUAAUAGCCGAAGGAGUAAUUAUGAUGUUGUAAAAGGCUAAACACAACUGCAUAAUGAUGAUGAUGAUGAUGGAAUAAUUACUUACAUAAGCAAACCCGUAGGAGCAAUCUUGCCUUCAGGCUUGCGUGUUAAUGCUAGGUGAGGUCAGUGUUCACAUGCUGUUUCUAUCCUCUUAACAAAGCUUUGGAAAUCAAAUGUUUGCCUGCAUCAUUGUACAAGUAAACUGUUACGUUGGAUGUUGCUCCUUCCUUGCCUGAUGUGUUGACUUGUUAUAUGAUAAUUAUUAACAUCAUAGAAUGUUUUCUGAAACAGGGCAUAUUUUAAAAUGACCCCUGGAAGGCGACUGCUUGAACGCAUACAGAACGAAUGGGAUUAUCUGAUUUCUGAUAUAAAUAUAUUUACAUUCUUCUCUCUGUAAUCGUAUUGGCACAGCUGUAUGGGAGGAUGAUUUGUUGAAGUCGGUUAUGUCUGUAGUCUUGUUCAGUGCCAGUCCCUUUGUAUUUAUUUGUGUUUUUUUUUUGUUUUUGUCUCGCAUACCAAUCCCUCUGUACUCUACUGUUGUAAAUAUACAGCCAAUGUAUACCAACUGACAACCGAUUUAUUAGCAAUAAAUAUUUUUGCACCCUGA